UUUUAAAGAUACAAACAAGCAUACAUUGAAGCUCUUAAUUUUUGUUGUGGAAGGUUGUAAUAAUCCAAUAAUGAAAGAGGGAACGCAAGAGGAAAAGCAAAAGGACACGCAGGAGGAACAGCAAAAGGGGCCUCACAGAGUACCAGAAGAAGAUGCCUUUGUCAAGGAGGGCAACAAGGUCAAAAUUUAUCCGAGAGGCUUUAAGAUCACAUGGGGCAACGAUGAUCGCUAUUGGAAGAAACUCGACGGGAGAAUAGAUUGUGCGGCAGAACUGAAGCAAGUUUCAUGGCUAGAAGUAGCAUGCUCAACUAAGGAGGUGAAGUCUGGGAAGACAUAUAAAGUGGGUUUCGAAGUGUCAUUGAAACCAGAUGCGUUUGGAUGGAAGGAUGUCGAUGUUUAUGUGAUGGCCAAGGUUGGGAAGUCAGGGAAAUACAUUUAUAAGAAAUUCCAACUUGACAAGCCACUCCAACGUGAAAAUAUAUGCAUCCCUGAUGAUUUAAAAGAACCCUUAAAAAUCAAUGCUACGCCUCCACCAUCCGACAUGUCGAAAUCCCCAGAAAUCCAUUUUGGUUUGUAUGAAGUAUGGAAUAAGAAGUGGAAGGGAGGGUUGACCAUUAAUCACGCCUUCAUUGAGGAGACCGAACCAGCUGAUCCCAAAAAUGAGGAGUCCUCCUCUUAACCCCCCCGCCCUAUCAAACAAAUGAGGUUUCAUUGGAGGGUUCCUUAGGGUUAAGCUCGAUCGUAUACUUGGUUUACUAUACUCUUUAUUAUACACGAAUAUCUCGUAUAGCAUAUCUAGUCUUUCUUUAGUACUCUUUAUUACAAGUAAAUAUCUGGUAUGAUUGAGGAUAUUUAGCGGCUAGGUAGCAUAUCUAGUCUUUCUUUA